AUGGGCACGACGGUAAACACCCGUCGCCGUAAAAAAGUUAAAAAGCUCUUAAAAUACAUAAAACAUCAAUUCACUUUCUACUCCUGCGUUCACUUUUUCUACUCACGAAGAAAAUACAAGAAUUCUCGACCUAAGGUUCGUGUGGGUCUUCCAAAGAAGAACCCUAAAGUUUUGAAACCCGCUUUCACCAUUCCUCCCAAACUGUUACAAUCCCUUGUAGAAGACCCUAAAUGGGAUGAAAAAGGCAGCGUCACACAAAACUACAAUUCCUUCGGCGUCGUCAAUGACCCUAACUCCCUCAUCGAUUCUCUUCGAGCUCCUCCUUCUGUCUCCGAUGACCCCAACGAUUCUGGCAGUGACCUCGAAGAAGACGGACAACCUCAUGAGGUGGCGGAAUCGAGUGGUAUCGUAGCUAUAUGGCUUAUACCUUUGCAUUUCAGUUUUGCGUUUCAGUUUCCUCUUCAGAGGUUUCUACAGUGCCAGCUGAAAACAGGUGUGAUUGCAUGGGUUUCUCUUUUGGGUUUAGUGGUGAAUGUUGUAUUGAGUUGGUUGUUGGUUUAUGUUUGGGAUUUUGGGCUUAUUGGUGCUGCAAUAGCUUUGGAUGUUUCAUGGUGGGUAUUGGUAAUUGGGAUGUUUGGGUACACAGUUUGUGGGGGUUGUCCUUUGACUUGGAAUGGUUUUUCAAUGGAAGCAUUUUCUGGCCUUUGGGAAUUCUUCAAACUGUCAUUAGCUUCAGGGGUGAUGCUUUAUUUAGAGAAUUGGUAUUACAGGAUACUGCUGCUUAUGACAGGUCAGUUGGAAAAUGCAACAGUUGCUGUUGAUGCAUUGUCUGUAUGUAUGACUAUCAAUGGAUUGGAAAUGAUGAUUCCAUUUGCCUUCUUUGCCGGUACCGGGGUGCGAGUGGCGAACGAACUUGGAGCAGGAAAAUGGAAGUCAGCAAAAUUCGCAAUCAUUGUUCUCAAUAGUGUUCAACCUGUUCUAUCAGGUGUAGCUGUUGGUUCGGGAUGGCAACGUCUUUAUAUUAGUCGGUUAGUUGAGAAAUAUGGAGCUGAUUUUCAGAGAAUGAUGAUGGAUAUAAAGCUAAAUCCUAUGCAGCAUUCUGUUGCAACUUUAGAGAAAUUGUAUUACAAACUUCUGGUUGUGAGUUGUGAUGGAAAGUUCGAUGAUGCUUUGCAGAAGUAUAAGUUGGCCAAGGAAAACAUCAAAGAGAUUCCAUCUUUUCAAAGUAGAAAACUUCUUUUGGCAUGCUCACUUAACUUGAUGGCCUGCUACUUGAAGACAAGGCAGUAUGAUGAAUGCAUAAAAGAAGGUUCUGAGGUUUUGGCGUAUGACGCAAAGAACCUUAAGGCUCUUUAUCGAAGAGGCCAGGCAUAUAAGGAACGAGGCCUGCUACAGGAUGUCGUCACUGAUUUGAGCAAUGCACUUGAAGUGUCUCCUGAUGAUGAUAUAAUUGGAGAGCUUUUACGGGACACCAAGGAACAGUUGAUAAAGGAAGGUGGUCAUUGUGCUCCUGGAAGAUUAGUAAUUGAAGAAAUAACUGAAGAAGUUGAGAAUUCUGGCGACUCUUCUAAGAGUUACAAUAUAGCUAACAAUGGAAAUCUAAAAUCAAAUUCAGACAGUAUAGAUACACUGAAGAAAGAUCCAGAAGCCAUCAGAUCAUUCCAAAAUUUUAUUUCCAAAGCUGAUCCUGCCACUCUGGCUUCUUUGAACAUUGGGCAAUCCCAAGACGUGUCUCCAGAUAUGAUUAAAGCGUCCUCGGAUAUGAUCGGCAAGAUGUCACCCGAGGAACUUCAAAAAAUGUUCGACAUGGCGUCUUCAUUUCAAGGGAACAACCCAUUUCUCAGAGGAGGUUCCUCUGAUUCUCCUUUCAACUCUGGAUCAGUUCCUCCCAAUGUGACACCUGAUAUGCUUAAAACAGCAACUGAUAUGAUAAGUAAAAUUCCACCGGAUGACCUUAAGAAGAUGUUUGAAAUGGCAUCCUUAAUGAAAGGGAAAGAAUCUAUUCCAUCAGCAGCAGCUGUAGACAAGAAAGGAAGAAAUUUGUCACAGUCAAACUUCCCAUCCUCAAGCACCACUCGUGCUUUUGGAGAAUCAAGUUCUUCUGACAAUGCAUUUUCAAAUAUUAUAAAUGCUUCAGAGCCAAACUUCCCAUCCUCAAGUACUGAUUUACAAGAACAGAUGAGAAACCAGAUGAAAGAUCCAGCUAUGCGACAACAUAGAAGUGAAAAAGGGGAAUCAUCAAUUAAAGCAUUGGGUCAGAAGAUGUUGAUGGAGAUGAAAAGUCCACUCAGGAUUGAUAAAAGGAAGAUGGAUGCUUUGUUGGUAAAGGUAAAGCUGUUAAAAUCUGGUUAUGUGAAUUGA